UAUCCAUUCUACAAUGAGCGCUCCAUCAUUGAUCCAAGGUAAAUAUAAAACCAAUUGUUGGAUACAUGCUUGAGGGAAAAAAGAAAGGGGAUAGAGAGAGAGAAAGAGGGCAGGAUUGUAAUUUAAAAAACGAUUAAACAUAGAUGAAUUAUUCAAUAUUCAAGACAAGUAAAUAGAUAAAGUAAUAAUGUAUUCGCAUAGCACUUAACAUUAUUAGGCAAGAAUCACCAAGAAUUAAGAAAAAAAGGAGUGGGACCAGUAGUAAUGUGAUAACUCGGGGCAUGGAGCUUGUACGCAAGAUGAAAUGGGAUAAUGAAGAAGUGGACGAACAAGUGUAUCAUAGACGACUAUCACAACCCAAUAUGGAAGAGAAUAUUGGAUUUAUUCAACUAAAGAAUAGUUUCAGUACAGAUAAAAGAGCAAGUCUAUUACAUACGCCUACAAGAUAUUUACCACAGAACCAAGCUAUUAUAACAACAAAUUCAGAAGGAAUCACACUAUUAUUUAAUGAUAUAGCUGCAUUAUGCUUUGGAAUUGAUAAAUCAUUUGUUGGAAAAUCUUUUAUAAAGAAUUGUUUAGAGGAACCAUUUAAACAUCAGAUCAUGAAUUUACUAAAUAGUAGAAAGAAAUAUACAAACUGUGUACAAAAAGUGAUCAUUUGUGGAUCUAUUGUGUUGAUACAUAAGAGAAAUAAUACAAAAUCAUAUGCAACAGUAUGGUUAAAGGAGAAAAUAACUGAACAUCGAGAUAAAAUUUAUAUUUGGAUAUUUGAAGAAAUCUAUGAGACGACCUUGUCUGUUUAUGUGGAUUCAGAAUGUAAAAUACAGAGGAUCUUAGGUACAUUGAUUGAAGAGAUGUAUGGAUACAAAGCAAAUGAAAUAGUCGGCAAACCAGUCAAUUGUCUUGUACCAGCACUAGCAAAGGAAGAACGAGAUGACAAUUUGGAAAAGAUUGAUAGGCUAAAAUUCUUUGGUAGUUUAUCAAGCAAAGGGGUUUAUUUUCCAGCUAUUUUGAAUUUAAAUAGACAUGUGGCCAUUGGAAAUGAUGAUUUAGCCAAUUUUGUCGUAAAAAUAACAUCCUUACCUUCAAUAUCCGGUUCAAUCACAUUCAAUCUGUCCACUGGAUUAAUACUUCAAAUGAAUACUCUACCUGCAAAAUACCUGUUCGGUUACACUUCUGUAGAUAUGAUUAUCAACAAGCUCACUGUGAAUGAACUGAUACCUCAGCUACCCACUCUUAUUGAAAAUAUGCUAAAGAAUAAUCUCAUGACAGCAAACUAUGAACAAUGCAGGAAGCUCUCGUCCUCUGAUAGCCUAUUCUAUGUUUAUCACAGAGAUAAAAGUAAAUUCAUUGUGGAGUUGGAGAUCAAAAUCAUAGACAAGAAUACUGUUCAUGUCUGGAUAACAUUUGAUAGAAGCGAUGCAGUACUAAAGCAUGACAACUUGAAACAGAGCUAUCAAAAAAAAAUUGUAAAUUGUCCAUUGAAGCUACAGCAACAGAAUGAUCAACCUAGUCCUGAAGCAAAUAAGAAGCCAAAGAGACCUGUUGUUAGACCUUAUAGAAUAAGUUCCUUUGGCGCUGUAGAUGAAGCAAAAAGGCUGUUUCCAUCCAAUUACUUUAAAACCAAUAACAACACAGAUACCACCAAUAGCAAUAAUAAUAUUAAUAAUAAUAAUAAUAAUAAUCAUACCAAGAGUAAUAAUGAAAGCAAGUCAUCUUCAUCAGAUCUUACCCAAAAGAAAAAACACCCUCUAGACGAUUAUGUUAUCUUGGAUGUAUUGGGUCAGGGCACUUAUGGUAUGGCCAAAUUAGCUUAUAGAAAGGAUGAUCCUUCUCAAAAGAAAUUGGUUAUAAAAUAUAUCAUCAAGUCAAAGAUCAUUGUUGAUUCAUGGAUAAGAGAUAGACAACUUGGUUCAAUACCAAUGGAAAUACACAUCUUACGAACCUUACAAAAAUACCCCCAUGUCAAUUGCUGUAGAUUAGUCACUAGCAUGGAAGACGAUGAUUGUUACUUUGUUGUCAUGGAAUUACUUGGUGAUGGCAUGGAUCUCUUUGAUUAUAUCGAAUUGAACAAAAAGAUGUCAGAAAAUGAAAUUAGACACAUCUUUUAUCAAAUUGCCAAGGCAGUCAAACACCUACACUCACAUAAAAUUGUUCAUCGUGAUAUUAAAGAUGAAAAUGUCAUCCUAGAUCAAGAUGGAACAGUUCAUCUGAUAGAUUUUGGUUGUGCAACUUACUAUAAAGAGGGCCGCAAAUUUGAUACAUUCACAGGUACCCUCGAAUAUUGCGCUCCAGAGGUGCUUAAAGGAAAACCAUACGCGGGCCCUCCACAGGAUAUUUGGGCAAGUGGUGUGUUACUGUUUACACUCAUCUAUCGAGAGAAUCCAUUCUAUAAUAUUGAUGAAAUUUUGGAAAGCGAACUAAGGGUUCCCUUUGUUCUUUCUGAAGGCUCUCUUGAUCUUAUAAAGAAAAUGUUGAAUAGAGACGUCGAGAAAAGGAUAAAUAUAGAUCAAGUACUAGACCACCCUUGGUUUCAUCCUUUGACUGAAAAGCAACAGCAGUAACAAUGUAUAAAAAUAAAGAAAAAGAAUAAAUAUUGUAUAUAUGCGCUGUAAAAGCAAAUUUCUGUUUUCUUUUAUUUUUCUUUUUUAAAUAUAAAAGACCAACGAUAAUGAAUCAAGAUGCA